AGACUUUCAGAGAUUCUAGGGUUCUUCUUUUCCCCUGUCCCAAUCAAAUUCGUGGUUUUUUUUUUGUUCCCAAUCCAGUUUUUUGAUUUUGUAAUCUGUGGAGCUUAGAUUACAAGAAUCGUAACUUCUCGCAUUACAAAGAGAAUGUACACUAAUGGAAGCUCUAAUCCUUCACCAGGAAAUUGCCCUCCUAACCAGAUUCAUCUGCCUCAUUUGCAACCGUUUCCUCCUCCUCCUCCUCAGGUUCAGCAGUAUAACUCUCAUCUUCCACCUGUUUCAAUGUUGCCUCCUCCACCACCGUUACCUCCUGGUGCCACACCACCCUCACAAGCUUUCCCUAAUCAGUUCCACCCAAGUUUCCCACUUUCUUUUCCUCUGAAGAGCUUGGAGCCUCCUGGGAUGCCUCUUCCUCCUCCUCCUCCUCCUUCUUCAUCCCCACUCUUUGCAGACACUACUUGUGUUAAACCUGAAUCUGCACAUGGUGAAACCGUAUCUUUAAAUGGCAGAGCUCUUGACGUUGAAAAAUCUGUUGUUGAAGACGCUGGAUCUACAAAAGAUACUUCUGUCCGUUGUAUUGGUGGUUCUUCUUCACCACAUGAGAAGGCAGAGCAUGGUUCUCCUUUAUAUGAUGAUCCUGACAUUGAGAUGGAAGAUGAUAUAACACUGCCUGAGAAUGAGCCUCUCAACGACGGUUCUGAUCAACUUCACACCGUCUAUUCAAAUACAGAACAGCAGCCUUCACAACUUGUUUCAACUGAAACCAAUUCUGUCACAGGCACUGCAAUGAAUGUUGAAACAAACCCUCCUGUAGAUGAUGGUUCCAGACAAGCUUCUUCCUCGCCUUACUCCGGAAGAGCCAAGAUUGUUCCCGUUGGUGACAUGUAUGAUCCCUUCGUAGACAGCUUCGAACCAACACCAGUGAAACAAGACUGUGUUCAGGAGCAAGAACCAGUCAGCGACUCGUACACUCUACCAAAAGCAAGCAUUUCCUCAAACACACAAGUUAAUAAGGAAGAAAACAACCAAGGUGCCCUAAAUGAGUUUGACACGGCAGCUCAGGUCAGUGUCUCCUCCAACAAACCACCUGACGUCGAAGAAAACACCACGGGGAAUGAUAUUGGACCAGUGGUUUCUGGAGAUAACAGCCAUGAGACUUUGACUCCAAACUCCCAUAACGAGAAUCCAGACGCGUAUAACAAUGUAGCUGAAGAUGUUAGCACGAGGAAAAAGUCUCGAGGGGAUGUAAAGGAGAAAGAUUCGUCAAGGUCCAUGAAGCUUUUCAAGGUGGCGCUAACGAAGUUCGUGAAGGAUCUUCUGAAGCCAUCUUGGAGGCAAGGGAAUAUGAGCAAAGAGGCGUUCAAGACUAUUGUGAAGAGAGCGGUGGAUAAAGUUUCGAAUUCAAUGGAAGGUCGUCGUGUACCAAAGUCAAAAGCUAAGAUCGAUAAGUACAUUGAUAGUUCACGGGACAAGCUGACCAAACUCGUCAUGGGGUAUGUAGAUAAGUAUGUCAAAGGAUAGAAGAUAAGAGAAGAGAAUCAUGUGACACGGCUUUGCUGCUGCUUGAAGAAGAACUAAUGUUCUACAUUUUUGUCUUGUUUGAAAACAAUGAAUGUUUAUACAGAAAGGUUCUUCGGUUGUGAUUUUCUACGAUUAUGAAGUCACUGGUAACAUUUUAUGACUCUCAACAUUUUGUGUACAUGAAGAACCAACUAGAUAAAAACUAUUGUAA